ACUUAGCUUUUACAUGGCUGGCACCACCGCAAACUUUAACAAGUGUUCAUCAGUGUGCAGGCCACAGGUGCUUAGAUAACACACAGCUGUGGAUCUGGACCAUCCACCUUGUACAUACCAGAGUUAUGGCUUUCACUAUCCUGCCAAGUGUCCACAAAAAUGGUACCAUUGUAACGCAUUUUGGGGACACAGUGCUCAUUUUUGGUGUUGUGCCUAGAGGGGAAGCUUUGAAUUGGUCGGAAUAUGUCCGAAGAGUCUGAAGAGAUGAGAGGAAGGUUUUGGAAGUGGCUGAUUGGUAUGCCUCUGGGACCAGGCUUGUUUGUGUCGAGCCUCAAGCCGUCCCUGCCAAUCCCCUCCACCCGAAGCCGACUCCCCAGCAUGUCCAGCACUAAGGUCAGCUUAUCAGACGACGGGGAGGACGUCCAGCUGAUCACGCAGCAGAAUGGCAUAUCCUCCAAGGACAUGGAGGCGGGGGGCAAGAGGGCCAAGAACAUAGGCCUGCAGCACCCUCGGGCCAUCCUCUUCCUGGUGCUGUGGUACAUCUUUAGCGGCAUUACCCUCUUCCUCAACAAAUAUAUCCUCACAUACCAAAAUGCCGACCCCCAUGUCCUUUGCGGCAUGCAGAUGCUGAUCACCAUGGUAUGUGGGCUCAUCCAACUGCGUUAUCCCCUGGGCACGUACAAGCCAGUAUUGGGCCAGAAGAAACCAGCCAAUUUUGUCAGGGGGAUGGCUACCCUUGGCCUACUACAACUGGGGACCAUAAUGUUUGGUUUGAUUGCCAUCUACUUUGUGGCAGUUAGCUUUGCUGAGACUGUCAAGAGCUCAGCACCUCUAUUUACAGUCUUGAUUGCGUGGCUAUACUUGGGUGAAAGAACAGGUGCUUUUGUCUUCUUGUCGUUGAUCCCAGUGAUGCUUGGGCUUGCUCUUUGCUCCAGCAACGAGCUCUCCUUUAGCCUGAUUGGUUUUGUCUGUGCCUUAACCACUAAUUUGUGUGAGUGUGUUCAGAGUGUGGUCUCCAAGUCCCUUCUCUCCAAUAAAGCCUAUAUUUACAAUCCAGCUGAGCUGCAGUUCUACCCCAACCUGGCUGCCGUCAUGCUCCAGGUGCCCACCUGGUACUUCUUGGUAGACUUCAAUAAGCUGAGCCAACAGAUGAGCAAGAACCUGGCCUUUGCCAUUCUGCUUGAUGGCAUCUCCUUCCACGGCCAGACAAUCACCGCUUACGUCCUCAUGUCUUAUGUCAAUCCCGUGACUUAUAGUGUUGCCAAUACCACCAAAAGAGCCUUUCUGAUCUGGCUGUCAGUGCUCCUGUUUGGCAACCCCGUGACCCUGCUGAGUGGCGUGGGGACAGCCGUGGUCAUUGCAGGAGUGCUGCUCUAUAGCAAGGCUCGAGAUUUAGAUGCCAGGAGAAGAGAGCAGUUCUCCAUAACUCAGGAUAAGAUGAAUAACAUCAGAUAAAAUUUUAUGAUUAUAUUGUUUGUCUUGGAUUUUUUUUUCUUUUCUAGUUUUAGGUAUUUUUGUAUAGAUUAUUUAUUUUUGUGCUGAGGGGUGAUGAUGUACUUAAUAUUUAAAUAAUAGUUUUUUUUUAAUGAAAUUUGAGUCACUCUGAUUUAAGGGUUUAGUUUUAUUUUAUAAUCUUAUUCAGAUUUGAAAUUUUAGUAUAGAUAUAUUAUAACAUUUUUUAAAGUGUGAUUUAAUUUCUUUUUAAUGGUGGGACAGUUUUAAUCAAUACAUUUCCAUUUAAAAAUGCAUUUCUGUUGUAUGAUGAUAUUGAAAAUGGUGAUACAUCAAGGAACAGGUGCCAUUUAAAUCACUAAUGUUCCAAUGUGUACAUAGUUGGUAUGCACAAUAAUUUUUCAUUUGCUUUCAAAGUGGUAUUUGGAGGAGUUUGUCAUGAAAGAGCACCAUACCAGUCAAAUAUAUUUUGCCCUAUAUAUCACGUGAAAUACGCACAUUCGUGUGAUAAUAAGUUUAUUAUCCUGUGUCAUAGAGAAAAGGAUAGUUCAGGACAAUGAGCAAGCGCCUAUAGUCAAUUCAUUGGCUGGUAAUCUCUCAUCCAUAUUUCCUUCUUACUCAAGCAUCUGGACCAAGAUAGUGAACCUAUUAGGCAUAGCAGCUGGAGUCGUAAUGAAGAUUUCAGAUGCUGUGUUGAGACAAAAAAGAAUUGUGCCAAUCAGUUUUAUAGUAGAUGUCUGCUAGAUUCAGUGUAGAUAGGAGGAAAUGGUUGAGAAAUUAGAGGUUUUAUAUUAAAUGAAGGACCAGGAGGCAAUAAUUAAAAGGCACUGCAAAACAGGAUCAAGCCGUUAUUUACAGUAUUUUGUUGAUCCUACAUAAAAAAAAGGUAUUUUGGAAGACAGUAUAGCAAGGUUGUGAGAAUUUUUUAAAGCUUUAUUUUUACUGAGGAGUUUGAUACAACUAAAGCAGCUCACAGAAAUUAGUGAGAAGGUAAAUGUUUAUAUUAAAUGUUAGAGAGAUAAUAUUUGAUAAUAUGCAUUUUGGAAAAUUAUUUUAUAGAAUUUUGAGGAGCUCUGAAGUUCCUGUAUUUGAUUUGAUUUGAUUUACAAUAGAGUACAUUAGUAAUCAUGUGAUUAUAAUGUUAAGCAAUAAACAAAAAGUAUACAUUGCAAAACUUCUAUUUGAAAGGAACAUGUUAUUACUAAGAAAUGGACAUUUGUGGUGAAUUUUUUUAUUAUUAUUCAUAGGUUAUUAAUAAUUAUAACCUCAAUUUUCAAGUUUUCUUAAUGAAGUAAAUGCAAACUUUGGUUGUGCAGUUCAUAUCAUAUCUUUAUCACUAACUAAUUUUGUUAAUCUUUAAUGAUUUGUUUUAAUUGGGUGUAACAAGAGAACUGCACUGUUAAUAAAUGUAACCAUCAUCUUAGUGCAUAAUAGAGUACAUGAAAUAAAACAUUUUCAUGAUAAAGCAAAUGUUGCACUUAAGACCAGCAAAGGCCAUAUGUUGCAGUUAUUGGGGCUGAUAUACAGAAUUUGAUAUAUGUGGUUAGUAAAGUGGUUAGUAUUCACACACAAAAUUUAAAGGGAAGAUUUUUUGUUUUUUGUUUUUCCUUUUUUUUGUGUGUGGAUGUCAUAUAGUUCCUGAAUGAUUUUGUUUUUAUCAUUGCAUAUUCUAUUUUCUUUAUAAUUUUGCUGUUGAUAGUUGUUGCUUUUACAGAUUAUUGUUUACUAACAGUUAGUUACUAAUACAUUCCUUUGAAGUUGAUAGUCAGUUUCUUAUAACAAGAAUAUGUAGCAUCUGGGGAGAUUACAGUAUGAAAUAUUUAGAUAGUAUAUAUAAGCUCAAAUCCUGGUUUUAUGUAAGUUAUAAAGAAAGUUAGCUCAUUGUAGAUGAAUUUUUAUUUUUUAUUCUUUGUCUUUUUUUUUAAUACAUGAUAUGAUUUUU